CGCUCGAGCCCAGACGCGCGCGCGCAGCUCUCUCUUGGGCACAUUUUUCUUUGUACUCAGAGAAGAGUUGAGGCCGGCUUUUCUUCCGCCGUCUUCUCUUUUUUUUUAAAUAUAUACCUAAGCAGAGCUCGCGCGCUGUAAAUAGCCCGGUAAGCCGGUUACACGUUACGCUUUAACGUACGCGUCGGUUGGUUUUUGUGUCACGGAGGUGGACAGUUCUGCCCCGGCUCCUCUUGACGGUUCUGGACAACAAAAGCAUCAAGUCCGGCGGUUUGGGUUAUUUCUUCCCCUUAAGUCGCGAAUUAAUCAAACGGGAUUUUUUUUGUUUGUUGCUGAACGCCUCCCCGUUAACACUUCCACACCUACCGGGGGGAAGAAGAGACUAAAACAAAAACACUACCUUUUAAAAUAAUAUUUUAUCCUAAACUUGAGCGACGAUGGCAGCUGUAACUAGCCCGGAGACGAGCCCUCAACCCCGGGUAUAUUUCCAGACGCCGGCCGGCACCACCGAGGAACCGGAGACACCCGUUCGGAAGCAGGGGCGCGUUACGGUCAAAUACGACCGCAAGGAGCUGCGGAAGAGACUGAACCUGGAGGAGUGGAUUAUCGACCAGCUAACGGACCUAUACGACUGCGAGGAGGAGGCCAUCCCAGAGCUGGAAAUAGACGUGGACGAGCUGCUGGACAUGCCCAGCGAUGUGGAGCGGGCAGCCAGGGUCAAGGAUUUACUGGUGGACUGCUUUAAACCUACUGAGGACUUCGUCUCAGAGCUGCUGGAUAAGAUCCGAGGGAUGCAGAAGCUCUCCACGCCUCAGAAGAAAUGAGGAGACCCCUCCUUACCCGCUCCCCUUCAUCCAUCACCUAGCGUCUUCCUGCCACACUUUAGUUCUUCACUUCUUUUUUAACAUCUUUUCUUCAUCAGAUCAUGAGAUGUCACAGUUCUGCCUCUUUUGUACGUCGUGUUUGGACUUCUUUUCAUUCGCAACAUCCGUCAGAUAAAAAUCAUUUCAAUCCCGUCCAGCUUUUGUCGCUCCUCUUCCUCCCCUGCACAACCUUCCAUCUGCCUGAAGGGGGAGCCAGCUGCAUAAUUUCAAGCGAAAGAGCAGUCAGAGGCUAACAAAGAUUAAAGAAUAGAUUUUUUUUAACUUUCUUUUCUUCUUUGUUAACUUUAAGGACAAGGGGAUCACGCUCUCACUCCAUGUUUGUAUUUUCAUGGUUAAGAUUGAUCUUUAGUCCCUCCCCCUCUCUUAAACCUGCAGCGGAGCAUCAACAGACUUCUUCUUUUUCGUUUGUGUGUCAUUUGAAAACUGUCAUUUUGGGGAAGAGAAGCCAAACCUCAGACCACAAAAUAAUUCCUACGUUAUAUUUUUAGUCCAGGCCUGGAAAUGACUAUUUGACCUUCAAAUGCAACUUUAAACAUCUGGAAUUAGCUUUUUUUUCUCCUUUCACAAUAAAAGGUUUGGUUUCUUGCCUGAAAUGUGCAGUGAAGUACAGUGAAGAGGCUGCAUUGAAGCUACUGCCGUGCAGCCUGUACUCACACAUGUACUGUAGUUGCUUUUCAUAUUUGUUGCUACUUAAUGUACAGCAACUGGUAUGAUGUGAAGUGUUGUUGGGCCCUGUAUAUUCUGCUGUUGUGUGUGACAAAUUAGUUCUUAGUGUAGGACUGGUUCCUAUUUUCUUAUCUCACACGUGGAUCGUCCAAACGGGGACAAAAGCUGCCUUUUCCUCCAUCACAUCUGCACUCUUUGCUGCUUCCUCACAGCGUCUUGUUUCCUCCACACGAUAAAAUAAAAAAAAUCUGUCUCCUCUUCAGCCGAAAAAAAAAAGGACGGAGUCCUCACUCCAAAUCCAAGCGUCCGCCCCACUCCUCUCUGUCACGGAAGCGCGUUGGCAAACCGCUGCCUCCAAAAACACAGAUGCGCGACACCAGCUGCCAAUCAUCUCCCCUCAUAUGAGGCCAUCUGUUUCUGAUCCUGGGCCAAUCAGAUCAGAGCCUGAAGCGGCAGCAUUUGAGCGACUGCGAACACUUGCAGGGAUGUCUGAGCUUCACUGCCUCUUUUACAGCAGACACACACACACACACACACACACACAAACACACACACACACUGGGGGCCCACUUUAUCCUGCUGCACCGUCUCCUUGCCAUCCCCUCCUACCUUCUUCCAUGCAUCCUCCUGUCCUGCUCCCUCAUCGCUCUUGAGUUUCCUGUUUUCAAACAGAUGUUGCCUUAGGUAUUAUUUAUGUUACACAAACCAAAUAAACAGGAGACAUCUUUGCUUUUUUCUUUAGAUGUGCUACCAGGUGGAGCUACAUCUUGUGGGAGAAUCUUGGAUUUUCCUUUUUUGAGAUUCUGUUUUUUUUUUUAAACCAAUAUUUUUUAGGUGUGUUUCAUAUUUGCCGUAGGCCUUGAUGCAGUGAUGCUGUUCAGAUAAACCAUGUGUUUGAAUGCUGGUCUGUUUAUAAAUUGUGAUCGCGACCCUUCUCAACGCCAAGCCUUGGACUGAUUUGUUAGCUGAAGAAAAAUCCAUUCAGAUGUGAUUGUUUUUGCCUUCUCAAUGAUGUUUCCAGAUAGAUCGACUGCUGUUUUUUAGUUUUUACUUUUCUUCCCUUUUUCGAUCAGUAAAAUUGCACCAGGCAAGUUCAGUCAGCAGCUGAAUUUCAGUGGAUUUUCAUUUUUAAAGUUCAAGUUUUGGAUUAUUAUUAUGUCUUCUUAGACUGUUAUUGACAAGUCUGGUUUUUUUUUUACUGUUUGGGAAAGAAAAAAAACGAUUUUACCAUUGAGGUUAAAUACAAGAGCUAAACCAUGCAGAUUAGACGUGUUAGGGGAGUGUACAGUUUUUAAAAAUUAGGCAAACCAACAAACACAUGUAGCAAUAUCAACAACAGGUCUUGUUUUUGCCCAAUUUUGUUACUUUUAUGCAACUUUAAUAAAAAAUAUGUAAAACUGA